CUGAUAAAACGGUUAAUAAUCGUGCGUGUAAAAUUGACAAAAUUGUAUGCGCGUAAAGAUACAUAAUACUGUAUGUUUGGUUACCAACAGCUGCUUGUGCGUUGAUCCGGAUACAGUGUAUCAAAUACGCUGGACAUGUAGUUCGUUUCCUUUCCCCCAGCAGCAAAGUGGUGGACAGAAAGUACAGUGAACUAUUGACUUACUGUAUGUACACAACUUUAUCAGUAAACUAAAGGGCCGUGGUUGCCUAAUCUCCAAACAGCUGACGGGCAGAAGCAGAAGCUUCGUGCGCAGAUGAAUGGCAACGGCUUCCAGACGAGAUGUGCGCGCACACACACCGUAGACUGUUUGACCAAAAUUUACAGUUUGUGGAUGACUUUGCGCUGACUAGUCUUUUUAGAAGUUCUCAUUUUUUUUGUUCUGGAUGGAAUGAAGGUUGUGUAGGAGAAAGAACGAGGGAGAAAUAAUGAACGUUUGGUAAGAGAGAAGGGUCGCCAAAAGGAUACAUUGCAUGAAGUGGACUCUGAUAUAAGGACGUGUAUGGAAUAGAACAAUUGCAAGAAAGGAAGACCAUUUCGGAAUAUUUUUGUGCAUACACAUUUUGAAUAAAAAAGAGAGAAGUUCCUCUUAUUUUCUGUCUUCGUCAAUUCAUGAAUAUUGUUUUCUGUUGCUACUAAGAUUUUGAUAACUAUUCACCUUUGACAUACAGGCAACUUCAGGUAACGGGAAAAGAGAGCUGCUGAAAAGUGGACCCAUAUGAAAUAGAAAACUGAAAAAAGAGGACACUGACUUUUGUAAUAUUAGAAUAUUAAAUUCUAUGUGAACAACUAAGUUGUAGCCUAUAUUUUUUUAUAUAUCAAGCCAUAACCCAACCAUGCAGCAGGAACGCUUGCUGAAGGUUCUAGUCAUCGGUGACCUGGGGGUCGGGAAAACGUCCAUAAUAAAGCGUUAUGUCCAUCAGAUAUUCUCCCAACAUUACAGAGCCACCAUCGGAGUCGACUUCGCCCUCAAACUCCUCAAUUGGGAUCACAAGACGGUCGUGCGACUGCAGCUGUGGGACAUCGCAGGCCAGGAGCGCUAUGGCAACAUGACGCGGGUUUACUACCGCGAGGCUGUAGGAGCGUUGGUGAUCUUUGACAUGACGCGGGCCUCUACCUUCCAGGCUGUCCUCAAGUGGAAGGGAGACCUCGACUCCAAGGUUGCUCUGCGUAACGGGAGGCCAGUUCCGGCCGUCUUAUUGGGUAAUAAAUGUGACCAGCUGAGUAUGGGUCUCUGUUCCAAACUGCCCAAACUGGAGAACUUCACUAGAGACCACGGCUUUGUAGGGGGGUACGAGACCUCCGCCAAGGACAACACCAACAUCGACGCGGCCAUCAUGUGUUUGGUAGCGAGCAUCAUGGCUGUAGAAGAGGAGAGGCCGCCAGCUGGAGAUCCUGGAGACCCUAGCGUCCUGGUCUUACCACGCUUUGACUACAAUAGGACAGGGAUGGCUGGACUGCCUGGGUGCGAUGGGUGUAAAAAGCGACCUCUGCCUGGCCGAAUGGAGAUGGGGGAUAUUUGAGGGAUGAGAGACGGGGAGAGAUGGGGGGGGGGGGGGGGGGGGGUUGUAGGAGAGAGGAUAGCGAGCUUUCUAGUUGUGAUGGGUGUAAUAAGUUAACUCUGCCGGCCCAGAGGGACAUGGGCGAUAUCUGAAGGGGGGAUGAGGGAGAGAGAAGGACAGCGGCUUUUGACUCCAACGAACUCUCUAUGCUAGGAUGGAAGGGGACUGAGGGGGAGAGAUGGUAAGGAGCAGGGGGAUAGAGAGACACAGAGAGAGAGAGCGGGGGAUGGGAAAUAUAGUGUGUGUAAAAGAGAGAGCGAUAGUAGCAUGAUGCAUUAGAUAUGGAUGGACUGCUACAAAGGGUAAUGUGAACUGAGCUAAGCCUGGAUGACAUGAGAGAUCUAAUCACAUCACGGUGGAGGACAGAAGCAUCCACAUCGGCAAGGAAACUGCUGUGAUGUUAUCAAUAGCGUUGCUGUUGCAACGCACUCAUCACACGAAGGCUGCUUUCGUAAAUUCACUCUGGCCACUACUCCGAUUUCAGAGCACUCUCGUCUGAGUGUGUCAGAGCGCAGAACAACUGAUGAAUUUGCGAACUUUCAACACCCCGUUGAAUAAGACCGGUGUCAAUAAACGUCUGCAAAAAAACGUCACUCAAUUGUUGCCAGGAGCACAGUUACAGUCACCAACGCUCUACAUAACAUGAAAACAGCCUAACCAGCUCUGCUAGGGCGAGUAAAAUGGCCAGUGAGGUGUUCUCUCAUAUGAGUCUGGAAGUAGCUAGCCAACUUUAGCCAGUUAGCUUGGGUGCUUGAUUGCUGUUAUAACCAUCAACAUUAAAUUUCUGCCUCUACA